AUGAGCCUCGAUUACUGGAAUUACUGGGUAUACCCAAAGAUUAAAACUUACGAUCUGAGUAACCGUCGGACGCAAACGAUGGACACAGAGGGCUUCACGUCGCGCGCGUGGCUAGGCCAUUGGGUCUCGGGUGAGGAGCAACCCGUGAACAAUUACUACGAAGACCACAAGCUUAUGGAAGGAGCGCUCAUUAAGCUGGGCGACUAUGCGCACUUCCGCUACUUUUUGCUGUUCCGCAACGGCCGCUUCUGCUACUACGAGCUACCGGUGCCGGCAGCAGCGCCCGGUGGUGAAUCUGAGGGCCCCAGACGUGUGCACCUGACGCUCACGUCCAAACACUUGCGUGGUGUCAUGAUGCUCAAUGCGUCGGUAAACGCCAAGGAUUUGUCUAAGAGCGAGGACGAGUACGACGCCGAUCUCAUCAAGCGCGGGCUUGUGUUUAACCGCAAGAAGCUUGAGAUGCAACUUACGGGAUAUUCGCCCACCGGUCAGCUCAUGUGCUGGAAGCUGCGAGCGGGCAAGGACGCUGUCUACCUUAAGUGGGAACGCGCCUUCCGACUGGCCCUGCGUCCCAUUUGGGUGCAGAACUCCAAGUGCUGCAUGGUCUGCAAGAAGGAGUUUAGCUUUUUCAUCCGUCCGCACCACUGCCGCAAGUGUGGAACGUGCAUGUGUGAUGAAUGCUCCGUGUUCGUCCCUCGUUUGCCCAUACAGGGAUACUACGACGAAGUGCGCAUCUGUCGAGACUGCUCACCGAUUAAGAUCCAGCGAUCGUCGCUGAAAAUGGGCACGCGCGUGUUAGUGUACGGGAUUUUGGUGGGCAGAGUGGUGCAAGUUGAUGCUGCGGAUGACUCAGUGGACGGGAGUGCAUUCGUGAAUGUGGAAUUAGUGAAGAAAAACAACCAGCUACGUCGAUUCGCGCUAGAGCACGUGGAACUGUACUCCGACGCGGUAUUGUCGGCUAAUCGCAUCAAGAACGCCAUUCGCCAGCAUUUAUCGUAUGCUGUGUUUCGCACACAACUCAACUUCAACACGUGGAACCUGCUGGAGACUGUUCAAGAGCAACGCACAGUGCAGAUGGUACGAAUACUCAACAAAUCGACGAGUAUCAACGAGCUGCAAUCGAUGGUGCCGAUGCUCGGUUCUUUGGACACGAUGCAGUUCCCAGACGACGACGUCUCUGAAAAAGACCGCGUCAAGGAGUCACUCUCGCACUAUCGCGGUGUACAUGUGUCGUUCCCGUUGCGGUUGGACACUGUGAAGAAGCUGAUCAAUCAGUUUCGCAACGGGAUUCUGCUCCAUCGCGUUUUCGUGCGCCAGAUUCUGGACGAGUCAGAGAAGCUGUUUCGAAAGAUGCACGCUUCGCCAAUGAACGAGAUCGAGAUUUCUAAGGGCGUGCAGUUGGUCGUAGUGGGAGAUCUCCAUGGGCAAUUGGAGGAUUUACUUACGAUCAUGGACAAGAAUGGUGUCCCAAACAGCAAGACGUGGUUCCUCUUUAACGGCGACUUUGUGGAUCGAGGAUCACAUGGGAUCGAGGUCAUUCUACUGCUGCUAAUUUUCAAGCUGCUGUAUCCCGACUAUGUAUUCUUGAACCGCGGCAACCACGAAGAACGAAUGAUCAAUGAGGUCUUUGGGUUUGAAGACGAAGUAUAUACAAAGUACGGCACCGACAUCGACGAGGUAGCGGGAUGGAGUGGUUUGGGUACAUCGAUGAACUACUCGCCGAUGAAGUUGUUCCAAAUGUUUGAGACAGUUUUCGGUCUGUUCCCGAUUUUCGCGCUACUUAAUAAACGUGUCUUCAUUGUGCACGGUGGUCUGAGUAACCACGAGGAUAUCACGAUUGAGGAGCUGCUACAGCUUGACCACAGACGUGAAAUUCCGACGCAAGGGACGAGUCGAGCCGACGAGGUGUUUACACAUCUCUUAUGGAGCGAUCCGCGCGACGAGGAUGGGUGGAAGCCGUCUAGCCGAGGUGCUGGCGUGGAGUUCGGUCCUGAUAUCACGAAAGCAUUUUGCUAUCGGAAUGGAAUAAGCCUCAUUAUUCGAUCACACGAAUGCCGAGAAGAAGGUUUCGACAUUGUUCAUGAUGGAUUACUUCUGACAGUAUUUUCGGCGUCGAGCUACUGUGGUUCGCAGACGAAUAAAGGCGCCUACGUUCAGUUGGAGUUGGGAGAAGACAACAAAGUGAAGCCGCAUGUGGUGCAAUUUUCUUCGCAACCGCUUCAAAAGUUGAAGGAUGCGGGGCGAAAUGAGUGGCGAAAGAAAGCUCAACGAUUGGAGCGCAGAACGCUGAUGUCCCUUGUGGAGAUUAUUUGCGAAAAGAAGCAUGUCUUGCUAUCUGCCUUUAACGAGCUCGAUGCUAAUGGGUUUGGACGCGUCACGAAGCUCGAGUGGAAGGCAACUUUACAUAAGGUACUGGGCAUAGAGGCGAGCUUUCUCUCGUACUUCCAUCAACUCGCUGAGGAAGAGCAGGAUGGCAGAGUCGACUACCAGAAAUUUCUUAAUCGGUACACUGUCGAACUGGACGGUGGCAAUGUGGAGUGGAGACGCAGUCUCAUCCGCAAGGUGUGGAAGGGAUUCUGUCAAGCGCUUCCACGUCCCUCGGAAACGGAUGCGGAGAAAAUGACGCUGCAGGACAAGCUUCAUUUCGCGUUCAAUCUCUUCCAGCCCUCUCACCCUGGGGCUGCUAAAAAGGAACUGGCUUUGACAUCUCUUUCAAAGACCGAUGAAAACGGACCACCAAGUACUCCCGCUUAUGGUGAUAAACCAAAGGAAGAUUACACGUGUAGUAAUCUGGUCACGUACGAGGUGUUCCGGAACACUAUUCAAGGCAAACUGCAGCUGGGUGAUACUCUUUCCGAGCAACAAAUCUUUGAGCUCAUGCAGUACCUUGAUCAGAACCACGACGGUGUGGUUGACUACCAGGAGUUUUGCUCAUUCUUUGCCGAGUUCAGUCGCAUGGACUAUUUGCAAGAAAUCUUUGAGGUGGACGACACGAAGGCUAUUUCGCUGCUGAAUCGUUGCGCCACACUUCUGCAGAGUCCCAACAAAUUCACAUCGCUGCGAGAAGCGUUCGAUGUGUUUGACCACAGGAAGACAGGAAAACUGACCGUGGAGGACAUUAUGAAGGGAGCCCAGGAGUUGAACAUGAUGCCGGAGCUAGACAAUGACGAAGCGCAGCUGCUCUUUAACUCGAUCUUGCUCAGCUAUUAUGGCAUUAAUCAGCGCCAUCAAUGGGAUUCGCUGGGCUUGGACUGGGUCGUGUUCGAGGACACAUUCUCACCUGACAGCACCUUCCAGCGGCGUCUGUGGCUGACGAGUCUCGGAGCUUCAAACACGAAUCUAGCAGCGCUCGACAUUGCGGACGAUGAUGUGGCUCAAGAAGGACAGUCCUCAAAGAAUCAGGCGUGGGCAGACACGUUCGUUGACAGCGUGAAACAGUCACUGCAUGAGCAGCGCUUGUACAUCAAGCUCUUGUUCCGGAUCCUGGACCGGAAGCGGCACGGAUACGUCUCCAAGCAGCAGUUCGUCGCCACCAUCCAGGCCAUCAACGAGGAGCACGGCGUGCCGCUAAAGCUAUCACAGCUCGAGCAGUUGGCCGACGCCUUUGAACAUCGUAAGGCAGUGCGGCGCAUGUCGAAUGCGGGGGACGAUACAGAGGAGACACGAACAUUCGUUUCCUACCCUGAGUUCCUGCGCAGUCUGCGUAUCAUCGACUUGGGGCCGACAGACGGCACUGCCACUUCAUUGGAGUUGCAAGAGGCUACACACACGAGCAGCGGAGAGAACCGGUAG